AUGGGGAUUCAUUCUCAAUCCCAUUCAUCCCAUACCUUACAGAUUAUCUCUCAUUCCAACAUUCCUGUGACCUCUUCUCCAGAGGCCCAGCCGUCGGCCUCUGAAGUACAGCCAGAUUUGGAGUCAGAAGGGUUGGUGAAGCGAAAUAAUCUAAUUUGUUCUCCCUCCUCUCCGGGCGACGACGUCAUUGACUCUAAGACGCCAGAACUUCCUGCACAACCUCUACCGGCCUCACGCACUGCAGUCGGAUCUCGUUCUCCCUCUCCCAUACGCUCCCCUAGCUCAGCCUCUCCACGAACCGAUCGCACUGCCCACUCAUCACGUCACUCUUAUUCACACUAUAGUCAGCAUCAAAGCCAACAACAAUAUCACCAUUCUCGUGAUCACCUUCAUUCUCCUCCCUCGCACCACAGUCAUUACACUCCAUCCAACCGUGAUCGUAUACACUCUGGCUACCAUACAUCUUCCUCUUCGCCCUCGUCUUCAAGUAUAUAUUCACAUCACUCUUCGCCAAGAAGUCAUCACCUUCAUCAUCAUCCCUCCCAUCAGCAUCACUGGUCCAGUUCAAAUCGCUCACAUCACUCUCCUAAUCGGUGGCACCAACCACAUCUACCUGGGUCGAGAUGGCCUCCUGGACACGAUUGGCGUUCCACUGGCAGAUCCCAAUCUGGAGAAGGCUUUUACCCACAGCCGCGUGGGACAAGCAGUGGCGGAGGAGGCAGCGGCCCUACUGGUGGUUCCGGUGUUAGUGGUGGCCAAAGUAGUGAUUGCCGAGAUCGUACUGCACGUUGGGAGCAUCGGUGA